GCUGCGGCCGAUGGUUUCUGUCACGCACCCCCUCCCCACCUGCUCGGGCCGCUCCAAUCCGCAUCUCUGCGUGCGGGGGCGCGCGCAUCCCCCAGCUGCCUUCUGUCCGUCAUUGGAUCUGUCUGGGUGUCUCCCCAGCGUAGGGAGCCGAGGAGGGAGAGUCAGGGCGUUCGCAGCGCCCCACGCCCGCAGCGGCCUCACGGCAGCGCCUGCGCCCUCCCCAGCCCGUGCGCGGGAGCCGCGGGGGUAAAGGCGCGGCGGUAGGACCAGCGCUCGGCUCCCGCCUCGCUGGCUCUCUGCGCUCCUGCAAGCGCCAGCGCCAGCUCUCCAAGAUGCAGAAGCUCCAGGGAGCUCACCUCCGCAAGCCUGUCACCCCAGACCUGCUGAUGACUCCCAGUGACCAGGGUGAUGUGGACUUGGAUGUGGACUUCGCAGCAGACAGGGGCAACUGGACGGGCAAGCUGGACUUCUUGCUGUCCUGUAUCGGCUACUGUGUGGGCUUGGGAAAUGUCUGGCGGUUUCCCUACCGAGCCUACACCAAUGGAGGCGGAGCCUUCCUUGUUCCCUACUUCCUCAUGCUGGCCAUCUGUGGCAUUCCCCUCUUCUUUCUUGAACUCUCCUUGGGCCAGUUCUCCAGCCUGGGUCCCCUGGCUGUCUGGAAAAUCAGCCCCCUCUUCAAAGGUGCAGGUGCGGCCAUGCUGCUCAUCGUAGGCCUGGUGGCCAUCUACUACAACAUGAUCAUCGCCUAUGUCCUCUUCUACCUCUUCGCCUCCCUCACCAGCGACCUGCCCUGGGAGCACUGUGGCAACUGGUGGAACACGGAGCACUGCCUGGAGCACAGAGGCCCCAAGGACGGCAAUGAGGUCCUGCCCCUUAACCUCAGCGGUACCACCAGCCCCAGUGAGGAGUACUGGAGCCGCUAUGUCCUGCACAUUCAGGGCAGCCAGGGCAUCGGCCAACCUGGGGAGAUUCGCUGGAACCUCUGUCUCUGCCUGCUGCUGGCCUGGGUCAUUGUGUUCCUCUGUAUCCUCAAGGGGGUGAAGUCCUCGGGAAAGGUGGUGUACUUCACGGCCACCUUCCCCUACCUCAUCCUGCUCAUGCUGUUAAUCCGUGGAGUGACCCUCCCCGGGGCCUGGAAGGGCAUCCAGUUCUAUCUCACUCCCCAGUUUCACCACCUGUUGUCUUCCAAGGUGUGGAUUGAAGCUGCUCUUCAGAUAUUUUACUCCCUGGGAGUGGGUUUUGGGGGCCUCCUCACCUUUGCCUCCUACAACACAUUCCACCAGAACAUCUACAGAGAUACCUUCAUUGUCACUGUGGGCAAUGCCAUCACCAGUAUCCUGGCUGGCUUCGCUAUUUUCUCGGUGCUGGGCUACAUGUCUCAGGAGCUGGGUGUGCCUGUGGACCAAGUGGCCAAAGCAGGCCCUGGUCUGGCCUUUGUUGUCUACCCACAGGCCAUGACUAUGCUGCCCCUGUCACCUUUCUGGUCCUUCCUCUUCUUCUUCAUGCUCCUGACUCUUGGCUUGGAUAGCCAGUUUGCCUUUCUAGAGACCAUAGUGACUGCAGUGACAGACGAAUUCCCCUACUACCUGCGGCCCAAGAAGGCAGUGUUCUCUGGCCUCAUCUGUGUAGCAAUGUACCUGAUGGGGCUGAUCCUCACCACCGAUGGGGGUAUGUACUGGCUGGUCCUUCUGGAUGACUACAGCGCCAGCUUCGGACUCAUGGUGGUGGUGAUCACCACGUGCCUCGCUGUCACCCGGGUAUACGGCACCCAGAGGUUCUGUCGAGACAUCCACAUGAUGCUGGGCUUCAAGCCAGGCCUCUACUUCAGGGCCUGCUGGCUGUUUCUGUCCCCAGCCACACUCCUGGCCUUGCUGGUGUACAGCAUCGUCAAGUACCAGCCCUCGGAGUACGGCAGCUAUCGCUUCCCUGCUUGGGCCGAGCUGCUAGGCAUCCUGAUGGGCCUGCUCUCCUGCCUCAUGAUCCCAGCUGGCAUGCUGGUGGCUGUGCUUCGAGAGGAGGGCUCACUCUGGGAGCGGCUUCAGCAAGCCAGCCGGCCAGCUAUAGACUGGGGCCCAUCACUGGAAGAGAACCGGACCGGCAUGUAUGUGGCCACACUGGCUGGGAGCCAGUCACCAAAGCCACUGAUGGUACACAUGCGCAAAUAUGGAGGCAUCACCAGCUUCGAGAAUACGGCUAUUGAGGUGGACCGCGAGAUUGCAGAGGAAGAGGAAGAGUCCAUGAUGUGAGAUUGGAGACAACCAAACAGGAGGGAUGGCCAGGGCCUCACAGAGGGCCAAGGAGUACCUGCCAUGGAGGUAGGAGUGAAGGCUCCAGUUAGAAUCCUUUUCCCUGUUCCUGUGGCUUCUGAUGACAACGACAACCAAGACUCAGAGAUGGUCCAUAUACGACAUGAGUCUGAUGCUGCAGGGCUCCUGACAUGA